ACACAAAUUCCAUAAAUUAGCAUCAGAGGCUGAUCACUGCCCACAACACAAAGUUGUGCGUUUGUUCUUUUGCCUAGCAACCCAUGUUGAAAAGUAAAAUUGAAGAGUUCUGAACAAGGGAAACUGAAACCGUGCAUAUGCACAGCUGUAGAAGCAGUUAUGGGAUUGAGGUGAGCUACACUUUAAAAAAUAGAGCAUUUGAGUGUCUAGAAAAGCGCUAUAUACAUUUAAAAUAUUAUUAUUACUAUUAAUAUUAUUAUUAUUAUUAGAGACAAUGAGUAAAACGUGGAGGAUGUAGCACAUGUUGCCAUCUGGAGGUUGUCACACUGUAGCUGGUCUCCAUCAGCCUCAAGAGGAAGUCAUAUUGUCGGCGUGCUGGGAGUUUUCAAAUGACAAGCAGAGAUUAACAAUUACUGGAUCAACAACACAGAACAGUUCAAGAAUAAUUUGACUUCCUGCUUACACGCCAAGUCAAACUGUAGUUUCUUUUCCAGCUGUCUUGUCAUUUAGUUGGUGUUAAGUGCUUAUUCAAAGAAUGUUGUAAGGUGACCCGUUAAUAGGCGUCCACUCAAAUGGAGACACAGACUCAAAAGUUUCUUUCACAAAACGCAGAGACCAAAAACUGCUCAAUCAAAAUAUCUUCUUUCCAAUUAAUUUACCAGAAUGUGUUUGACUAAACAAAACAUCGAUACUACAGCAGAUACAGGACAACGUAGUUCACUCACGUAUCACCCAUCUAUAUUUGUUUAAUCUAAAUUAGUAACGCAUUCAAAUGCUCCUUGAAUCUCUUUUCCCUCUGUGGCCAGUAACACAGCAAUAAAGUCCUGGCUCCAAGCACUCUAGUUGCUAAGUAACGAUGUUAAACAAGAAGAAGCUUGACUGUUGGAGUAGAGAGACCACAGAAAUGGGGACAUACACAACACUGCUUUCCUGAACCUUCCUCUCGAUAUCGCCGCCACGUAUAGAAGGAUUACCAGGUAUGUUAUCCAUGCAACUUCUAUGUAACAACAUUGGAAGGUGUUUUAUGUUUUGUGACUUCGGUAUUGUUGUUUGUGUGUUUUCAAGUGCGAGAGGCUUCGAGCUGAAUGACGACUUCAUGGGAGCCAAAGCUUUUCUAAAACCAAAGACCCUCUCGUCACUCAAAUAACGUCAACUCAGAAAAAGAAGAUAAAAUAUGUACCAUGCCCAAAGGGAACGGAGCCAAAGGAGAAAAGCUGACCCUCAAGGUUAUCAAAAAGGCAAUACGGAUGACCCUGGAUGGACGUCGCAGACUCACCCUUAGCAACAUGGGCAUAACCAUCUUCCCAAAGUGUGUCCUAAAACUGACCAACGUGGACGAGUUGGACCUCAGCCGCAACCUGAUACAGAAACUCCCAGAUAACAUUGGGAGCUUCUGGUCAUUGAGAUUGUUGGAUCUACACAGCAAUAAACUGGAAUCUGUGCCCGAGUCCAUCGGCAACCUGGUGGGACUGACCCACCUCAACCUCUCCAACAACCGGCUAAUCUCUGCAGGAUUACCGUCCUCGUUAGGUUCUCUCACCGGCCUGAAGAGUCUUAAUCUGGGAAUGAACCAGCUCGACAGCCUGCCUCCCACUAUGGAGGCUCUAGAUGGUCUUCAAGAGUUAGGUAUUUUUGAUAACCUCUUCAUCAACCUACCAGAGUUUUUAAAAGUCCUACGCAACCUCACAAAGGUGAACAUGAAACGAAAUCCUCUAUCGUAUGUUCAGGGGGAUAGUGAGGGGAUGCACAAGGAACAAUCACAAGCAGAGGAAGAUGUGUAUCUGGUCCAUGAGAGCAGCCUGUGUAGGACAUGCCUCAAGAGAUGUCAAGAACAGAGGGACGGAUUUACAGGAGGAGGAGGAAGAGGAGGAGGAGAAGGAGGUGGUGAAGUGUUUGAGGAGAUAACGAUAAGGAUUUAUCACGGAUUGAUGGUGCCAAACUCUGUGGCUUCAGUCAAUCAAGAUGUGUGGAGAAUAAGCAAGGUGGAACACAAGCCAACAAAUGACCAAACAGCCUCACAAACUAUCGUACAAGUGGAAUGAAUGUCACUUUAAGGCCGCUCUUAAAGCUUUAAUAAUAUCUGCAUAGCAUACUCUACAUGUCACAAGAAUUUGAUUUGAUCAAAUAAAAAGAGUGACUAUAUGCAACUGUCUUGAAAUAUUGCUGUUGCAUGACUGACUA